GGAGAGGAGGCCGCGCACGGCCUGGCUGGAAGCACCUGCGGCCGCGCGGGGGCGGGAGCCAGGUGGCCUCGGCGCGCCAGCCUAGCCCGGGCACCGAGCAGGAAGUGGCUGCGGCGCGGCCCGGGCGCGGCCUCCUCGCGGUGCAACCGGGCAGGGAGGCGGCCGCAGCCUGAGCCGGAGCCUGAGCGCCGGGAGCAAGACCUCAUGGCAGCGUUGGCGCCCGCGGGCCCCGGGGACGCCGCCUCGGCCGCCCUGGACGAGCUGUCACUGAAUUUCACGUACGGGGCGCCAGGCGUCGGCAACGGCUCCCUCUCGGGCGCCUGGUACCGCAGGAACCAGAUUCACCUUUUUGGAGUUUUGCUGGCCAUUUUAGGAAACUUGGUGAUCAGCAUUUCUCUAAAUAUUCAGAAAUAUUCUCACCUUCAGCUGGCACAACAGGAGCACCCAAGGCCAUACUUCAAGAGUGUGCUGUGGUGGAGUGGUGUCCUGCUGAUGGCCGUGGGAGAGACGGGGAACUUCGCAGCCUAUGGAUUUGCUCCCAUUACUCUGAUCGCUCCAUUAGGCUGUGUGUCUGUUACAGGUAGUGCCAUUAUUUCUGUUACAUUUCUGAAAGACAAUUUGAGAGCCUCAGAUUUACUAGGUAUGACACUGGCAUUUGCAGGAACAUAUUUACUGGUGAACUUUGCUCCAAAUAUAACUCAGGCAAUCUCAGCAAGAACAGUGCAGUAUUAUUUUGUCGGAUGGCAGUUCCUGAUCUAUGUGAUUUUAGAAAUAUUAAUUUUCUGCAUUCUCCUAUAUUUCUACAAAAGAAAAGGAAUGAAGCACAUGGUGAUUCUGCUAACCCUGGUGGCACUUCUAGCCUCAUUGACUGUUAUUUCAGUAAAGGCCGUCUCAGGCAUGAUCACUUUUUCUAUGACGGAUAAAAUGCAACUAACUUAUCCCAUUUUCUAUAUCAUGUUUAUCAUCAUGAUAGCAUCUUGUGUUUUCCAAGUCAAGUUCCUGAAUCAAGCCACGAAACUCUACAAUACGACAAGAGUGGUGCCAGUUAAUCAUAUUUUCUUUACAAUCAGUGCCAUCAUUGCAGGUAUCAUAUUUUAUCAGGAAUUCCUUGGUGCUGCUUUUCUCACUGUAUUUAUAUAUCUUUUUGGGUGUUUUCUGUCAUUCCUUGGUGUAUUUUUGGUCACAAGAAAUCGAGAAAAGGAACAUCUGCAACAGUCUUAUAUUGAUUUUGGAAAUAUUCCUGGGAAACAAAUGUUGGACAAAAUACAACCAGAUUCAAAUAGCUUAUCCUAUGGAACUUUGCCUGAUGGAAGUGACUCAACAAACAGCCAAAGUGGAGAGAAGAAAGAGGUCUAAAAUGCUGAGAGGGAUGACUGUUGGCCUGUUAUUCGAUACCACCUUUUUAAAAAAUUGCACAUGUUCAAUUUGUGUCAGCAGCUCUUUUAUAAGCUGACAUGUGCUAGCGUUCAUUUCAGUCCUUUCCCCCACCUCAGCGCCUAUGGACAAUCGGGGGCUUCCUAAGCUCUGACAGUCUAAUAUUUCCAUGGAAUGUGAUUUGAAGUGUUCCCCACACCCUGGACCUCUCCCUAGUGAUUAUCUAGCCAGCUAUACCUUAAUCAGAGCCCAGCUGCUCUAGCAGGAAUGUUGCACAGAAAUGUACAUUUGUGGUUUGGCCAUAGGUCGCAGAGGUGGCUUCUCCCACGGGUAGUGUCAAUUGCUUCACUUGAAAAAGACACUUCAGCCCCGUAGCCUGACUCCCAAAAGAAAGGUUUGAGAGUGCUCAUUUUUUUUCUAAGCCACCUUUUAUAAGCCUCCCUAUAAAAAUCUUACCUUUCAAGUCCUAAAUUAGAAUUGCAAGUCAUCUUUUCUGAAAACUAAUGCUAUCAAAGUCCUCCUUGGAAAAUUAAGGGUCUCUUUAAAAUUAGAAUUUAUAAAUGGCAUUCAGUGACGGUGUAUACCAAAAUUAAAAGACCUUGACUGGUGGGCUUUUUAAAUGUAAGAAAGAGGAAGUUUAAGAAGUAGGACUCUGCUUGUUUCAGUAGCCCAUGUACUAAAAUAGGAACAAUGCAGAGAAGAUUAGCACAGCCCCCACGCAAGGCUGACACAUAAAUUCAUGAAGCAUUAGAGACAAAAAGUAGGACCGAUGUUUCUUUAUUUUGUAAUAAAAAUAUAGAAUGGUGAUGUUUUCUUCAGCUGUAUGAUUCUAUUAUACUUGAAACUGAAGAAAAAUUUAAUAUCCUAUGCCUUUGUUUUUAUAGAUCUUAUAAUUUAUCCAGUGGGCUUAUAUGUCUUAUUCUCCAUAUAAGUCUAAAAAAUCACAUUUAAAUUCUUAGUGAUAUUUUCAGUACACAUCAUUUCUUCCCAAAGUCAUUAUCUCAAGCUUUGUACAUUCUUCGAGAUAAAAGGAGAGUUGUGAUUAGA